AUGCCAGAAAAUGAACCGAUUCGUCGAUUUGUGCCAUUACCCACUCAGUUCCUUCAAGAAGAAGAACCCAGCGAUACUGACGAGAAUGAUGAUGAACAGAAUGCAGAGUAUAAUCAGCCUUUGGCUCAUUUUCAGCAUCCUACUGCACGUUCUGCUUUAUCUUCAGCCCACGACCAUCAUGCACAAUCGUUUUCUUCAGGAAGAGGCAUCUCAUCCAGUACAUUUUAUGGAAUUUCUCAACGAAAUUUGAAUUAUGGACAAAACCAUGGCGUUGCAGAUGAUAUGCCUUCAGGGCAGACUCUGCGCAAUUUUAUGAGUCAUCAUAUUCCAAAGAAUGAUGAUUGCUCCCAAAACUCAUACGAUUAUCAAGAAGUAUUCGAUGACCCACACCAACUGAUACCUAGUUAUCACGAAUACUCAAUAACGAAUUCGCCGACGCAUUCGUAUUCCCCAUCUGGUGAUUCUGCCGGAAUGCCUGAAUACUUUAUAUCCAGGGGGGCAUCAACGGCGGUGCGUUCUGGUGGAUUAGGAUAUGGAAAUCAUGCCACUGAACAAGGCGACACAGUUUUCUGUGAACCUCAGCAAAGAUUGCAAGAACCAAAAGUUAUUUCAAAUGAAAGCAAUAGGUACACUGUUGUUGGGCAUACGGUAGAAGGUCAACCAAUUUAUGCACUACAAUCAGUGAGAACGCAGGAUCGCCCAAGAUUACAUCAGGGUUCGGUGUGUGUUUAG